UCUCUCUCUCACUCUCUCCCCGCCACAGCGAAGCUUACAAAUGUCCGGUAGCGGUGACGUCACCGGGGAUGACGAUAACCCCCCAUUCAGUGGCCUCCUCCUCAAGCUUCUCUCAAAACCCUACCAUUCCCAACCCUCGUCCUCCUCCGCCGCCGCUCCGCCGCCGCCGGAGAAUCCCGCCGCCACCUCCGCCGCGAGCUCCAGCUUCCUCGUCCCUCCUCACAAGCUGAUGGCGCCGCCGCCGCCGGCGGAGGCGGCGGAAGCCGCCGACCGCCGCGUCGUCUUCCUCCCUCGGACGGCCUUCCCCGACGCGCUCCCGCUCUCAUGGCGGUUUCAGCCCGGGGCGCUUCUUCCUCCGUCUCCUCCGCCUCCGCCAUUGCCGACUCCUCCGAUCCCGAAUCCGGGGCUUCGGCAGCGAGAGGCGGCGCCAGUUUCUGGCGUCCGAGGAGAGAGGAGUUGGAGUGGUGGGUGGGGCGGGAACGGGAACGGGAUCGGGAUCAGGAACAGGCCCGGGGGAAGCGGCGGCGGGGAAGGCGAUCUCUGCAGUUUUGGCGGGAGCCGGAGGGAGGAGAGGCGAAUGCCGCGGCGGCAAUGCGCUCCGAUCGAGCGUUACCACGACCGUAGUGCGAAGAGAUGGGGUGCGGAUGAUCGGGCCCGGCGACGCCACGAGUGGGCUCCGACGGCGGCGAUCGCCCCCCGCGAGAACAAGCCGAAGGUGAGGAAGGAGUGGGUUCCUUUGAAGGGGAAGAGAGUUGGUAAUUGUGAAUUGGAAUGCAAUGGUGAUGAGUUUGAUUGCGAAUGCAACAACAAUGGGUCUGGUUCAGAGGGUGAUCGCGAAGAAUCCGUUGAUAGUUUGCCGUCGGAUGCUGCGGGAGAAAGAAAAGGUGCUCAUCAGGAGGAUGAUGCUCUAGAAGAAGAAAUGAUAGAUUCUUUGGAGCUUAAUGAUGAUCUUGAUUGCAGAAAGAUGGAAAUAAGCUCCAAAACUUGGAGUCGGAAGGAAUUAAGAUCAGAUGCUCUUAGGGGCCACAAAAUAUCAAGCUUGCAAACAAGAGCACGCAAAAGCCAAAGAGAACGCCCUUGUGACAUUGAGACGUUCACCCCUUCUUUCUUUUCACUAUAUGAAACUCUAAUACCGGCAGAAGAAGAUAAGGCUAAUCAAGAGCAUCUCUUAUCCUUACUGGCGAAAUCACUCAACAAAGAGUGGCCUGAAGCUCAGCUGCACCUCUAUGGUUCAUGGGCUAAUACCUUUGGGUUCUCAAAUAGCGACAUUGAUAUAUGCAUUGCAAUUGAUGAUAGCACUGCUAGCAAUCACAACAUGCUGCUCAAAGUAGCAGAUAUUAUGGAGUUGAAUAAUUUUCAAAAUGUGCAGGCUAUCACCAAUGCUAGAGUUCCUAUUGUGAGGAUGACAGACCCAGUAACUGGUAUUUCGUGUGAUAUAUGCAUAAAUAAUCUUUUGGCUGUUGCCAAUACAAAGCUCCUUAAGGAUUAUGCCCAGAUAGAUGACAGAUUACAUCAAUUGGUUCUUAUUGUGAAACACUGGGCGAAGUCACGGGCCAUCAAUGAAGCGUAUCGAGGAACUCUUUCUAGUUACACAUAUGUGAUUAUGUGCAUUCACUUUCUACAACAGCGCAAACCUGCUAUUCUACCUUGUUUACAGGAAAUGGAAGCAACAUACACAUUGACUAUUGAUGGUGUUGAAUGUAAUUACUUUGAUCAAGUUCAAGAACUCAGCAAUUUUGGUGCUAAAAAUAAGGAAAAUAUUGCACAAUUGCUUUGGGCAUUUUUUCAUUACUGGGCGUACAAACAUGACUACAAAAAUGACGUCAUAUCUGUUCGAACAGGGAGCAUUAUUAGCAAACAAGAGAAGCACUGGACAACUCGAGUGGGAAACGAUCGCCACCUGAUAUGCAUUGAAGAUCCAUUCGAAACCUCGCGCGAUCUCGGUCGUGUAGUCGACAAACACACUGUCAAAAUUUUGAGGGAGGAAUUUGAGAGGGCUGCUGAUAUACUGCAAUACGAUCCCAAACCCAGUGUGACUCUCUUUGAACCUUAUGUGACUGAAGAUGUAGAAAGUUGAAUGCAAGUGGAGGGUUUCUGCGAACUCUCUUUUUGGCUCUGAUUUGGUUCUAAUUUUCUCCCUUCUUCAUUACCUUCAUAGUUCAUACAUCCUUUAACUUUUUGCAUGUCCUUGUAAUCUGUUAAAAGUACCAGGAUAUUCAUGUAAUAUGUAUCCAUGUAAGCAAAACAAAUCCUACUACUUUUGUAAAGGAAAUGUCUCAAUGGUUGCUAAUUGGUGAUCAA